AUGUUCGUCUCACUGAGCCUGAAGGGCUCUGUUGCAUAUAGUCACCAAGCUAUGGAGAAAACUGUAGUGGCUGCUGAUCAUGAGUUUGCAGUGGCACAAGGGAGUCCUGUGAUAGUUGGAAAGGAAAUUUUCGGUGCUGUUCCUACAGAAGCAGAAGACAGAAAUGAAAAACUUACAGGAAGAAAAAUGAUGCUGAAAAGGGUCUUGGGGAAAGAAAUGGUGACAAAAGAAGUCAUGAACAAUGGACAAGCUUCAAAGUCUUCAGGUGCAACCCAUUCUGCUGGAAAUUGCGGCCAUAAAGAGAAAGGAAAGUUGAAUGUACAACGUAAAUUGAGUGAUAUAAGUACUCACAAUGUGAAGAUCAAAAUGGACAAUUUUAUGGCUUUCAAUGCAGAUUAUAAUGUGCCAAGACCCCACCCACCAAAGAAUAACUGA